UGGGAGGUGAAUCCUCGUUUUUGAGCACACAGUCUGCUGGUAUUCAGAAAGGGUCUCAGUGCGGAGAGAACUUCAGCAGUAUGUUCAGUAGCGGAGUCUUCAUCAUUUAUAGGGAGGAAGCUGCUGUGUAACAGAGUGGAGUGUGGUGUAGUGAAGGAGAUUUGUGUUUUCUUGUUUCUUUUUUUCUGAGAGUAUUUUAGUAUUUAUGGUGUCUUAACUGGUUUAUUCAGACUCGGUUAUGAGUAGCUGCGUGUGGAACUGAUUUGCUGAAAGCAGGUAUAGUUUAACAGGUGUUUAAUUGGUCGCUGGGACUGAGCUCCGCGCGCUGUGGAUGUACAGGGAGCUCGAGAUGGAUCUACUGAGGCUGAAUGAGAGUCAGUCCGGGUCGGCGGUGUGGGAGAUUAAUAACGCUACUGCAGAAAACUCUACCUCCGCCGCGGAGCUCAACAGCACCUGUAGCAGCGGCAGCAGCAGCGGCAGCGGCUCCUGCACGAUCAGCCCCAAACUUCAGCCAGCACGACACAAGGAAGUGGACUCGCUGAGGAUCCUGCUCUACUCGCUCAUCUUCCUCAUCAGCGUCUUUGGGAACCUGCUGAUUAUCGUUGUGCUGAUUGUCAACAAGCGAAUGCGCACCGUCACCAACUCCUUCCUGCUGUCUCUGGCCGUCAGCGAUCUGAUGAUGGCUGUCUUCUGCAUGCCCUUCACUCUCAUCCCAAACCUACUGGAGGACUUCAUCUUUGGAGCAGUCAUGUGCAAGACAGUCACAUAUUUCAUGGGUAUCUCGGUGAGCAUUUCUACUUUCAGUCUGGUUGCCAUAGCAAUCGAGAGGUACAGUGCCAUCUGCAACCCGCUGACAUCCCGAGCCUGGCAGACCCGCUCGCAUGCCUACAAAGUCAUCGCUGGCACCUGGGUGUUGUCUGUGGCCAUCAUGAUACCGUAUCCAGUCUUCAGCACGCUGGUGUCCUUCAACAAACCCAACAACACCACCGCUAACAUGUGCCGCCUAGACUGGCCUGUUAGCCAGGUGGAGCAGAUCUGGUAUGUCCUGCUGCUGUUAAUCCUGUUCUUCAUCCCUGGUGGGGUGAUGUCCAUUGCUUAUGGCCUCAUCUCCAGAGAGCUCUACAGGGGUAUCCAGUUUGAGCUGGAGCAGAAGAAGGACAGUAGUGCGUUAUCGAAUGGAAUGAAUGGCACUAUAUCCCACGGCCAUGAUGACGGUGAUGGCUGCUACAUCCAGGUGCCCAAGAAGACUCCGGCCAUGGAGCUCUCCACCCUCAGCACCUCCGCCCCCUCCAAGACGGACCGGCCGCGCAGCAACACCUCGGAAGCCAAACUCCUUGCGAAGAAGCGCGUGAUCCGCAUGCUCAUCAUCAUUGUGGUGAUGUUCUUCGUCUGCUGGAUGCCUCUCUAUGCAGCCAACACCUGGAAGGCCUUCGACCAGCUCUCAGCAAAGCGAGCUCUAUCCGGAGCUCCCAUCUCUUUCAUCCAGCUGCUGUCCUACACCUCCGCCUGCGUUAACCCCAUCAUCUACUGCUUCAUGAACAAGCGCUUCAGAAAGGCUCUGCUGGCCACCUUCGCCUGCUGCAGCGUGGCGUGUCGUCGCCGCAGGAGGAGGGACGGCGAUGAGGAAGCGACGGGGGUCACUGCCGCGUCCAUGUCCAAGUUUAGCUACACUACUGUCAGCACAAUGGGGCCUUGCUGACUUGUUGGGGGCUCGUCCGAGAUCAUCACGGCAAGGCUUGCUUGUUCAACGCCCCGUUUCUUGUUCUGAGAUUUGUCAGUGGUCGUAUUGUGUUUUCAGUCUUUAUAGCAUGCAUUGUGUGGUGAUUGUCUGCGGUUAGACUCUCUCUGUUGGUAUGUAGCGUUAAGUAGUCAUAUUUCGAAUAUACACAAUGACCAAGUGUAACAAUUAUGACCACAUCCUUGUCUCUAUACAUAAUAUCCAUUUUUGUAGCUCUGCUAAUCAUAGAGGAGCACUGUGUAGCUCUAUAAUUAAAGACUUUACUGCUUCUUUUUCUCUGCAUAAUGGCCAGGAGCCCACAGGAGAGACCACCUAUUAUAGAGCAGCUAUUAUUUUGGUGGUGUGUUGUUUUGUGUAGUGUGUGCUCUUCUGGUGUGAGUAGUGGACCAGACAGGAGUUUUCAAACACCUUAGUGUCACUGCUGGUUCACAUCCUGUAGGCAGUGUCCUGUGGGUAGUAUCCUGUCAUCACUGAUGAAGGACUAGAGGAUGACCAACACAAGCUUCAAGCUCUGACUUUACAUUUACAAGGUGGUGCACCUCGGAGUAGGAGUGUCUAAAGCCCUAUCUGGACAGGAUUAGUUUCCCAGGGGGUCCUGGGGUAAUUUUCGUAAUUUUUAUGGGGGGUCCUCUCUGAUUUUACUCCUGUCCAGAACUACCAUGUAUGUGUUUCUCUUAGACGUCCUCUGAGAAAAUUACAGGUUGAAUAACCUACUGUUUUUCGCUAAACUCCGUGGUCCUCCAGUAAUUUUAGUCCCGUCCGGAUCCACAUCUCUGAGUUUCGUCACCGCAAGUUUCCACAGAGAUCCAUAUAAACACACCAGCAAGUGGAAAUGGAGGAGCUACUGAAUGCAAUGUCAUGUGACCGAGAAAUCCAAAAAACUAAUUGCAGUUUAAAUGCAAGAGUUUUAUCACUGUGUAGACAUGUGAAAUAUUUUUACAGACAUCCCUUUGAGAAACAAAUCCAUUCCAGAUAGGGCUUAAUAGAGUUGACAGUGAGUGGAGUCAGUGUUUAAAACCUCCAGCAGCACUGCCGUGCCUGAUCCACUCGUACCAGCACAAAACACACCAACACACAACCACCAUGUCAGUGUCAAAGUACCUGCUCUGUGGUGGUCCUGUAGGGUCCUGACCAUCUUGAAAUAACACAUAUGCUCCUAUAUGCUCAGAGGAUCUGCAAAAAUGGAUAACGAGGGUACGGUAUUCAUAAUGUUAUGCUUAAUCAGUGUAUAACGAUGUUUUUGCUGCCAAAAAGUGACCGUGACAAGCAGCAUGAAUGAGGAUGUCCAAGUUAUCGACGUCCAUUAGACAAGAACGUGGAUCCUGAACCUCGGAGCGAGACUGCUCGUCACAGUGAACCUCAAAACAAGACUAAAAACAAUUGCAGAAGAAAAAAAAAAACACAGCUGUGUAGGAAAAUCAUGUAAAUACUCAUAUUCCUGCUAUUCCUGCUAUGAUGUUAUAUUAUUUAAUGCAUGAUACAAUCUUUGAAUAAGAAUCUAAACAAUGUAAUGGCUACAAAAUGGUACCGUUUUUAUUGUUUAGCAUGCAUGUGCAGCCGGUGUUAUUUACCUCAUCAUUUGUUUUUCGUAACCCGGAUCCCUUAAACCUUUAAGCAUGCACAGGGACCAUUUAAAAUACCAUUUGAGACGACUGGCCCGGAAAAUGAUUUUUUUUCCAGUCUAGUAGCAAUGAAACAAACAAUCUCUGAGGGCACAUGGUUAUUUUAUACAUAACAAUUUUAGUCAGUAAUUUAAAUUUUAAAGAGUUUGAAAGCAAGGCCACUAGGAAUAGUAUAAGUAUAUUUAACUCCUGGACCUCCUUUUGUCCUAAUAAAGCUGGACUUCAAUCUCAGUCCUGGAGAGCCAUCAAUCCUAAAAAUAAAGAGGAGUUCUACAGAAAGGGUUCUUUCAAUUUACAUUUAAAACAGCAGUUAUCAGACUAAGAUUUGCUUAGGGUUCCCUUUACCCUAAUUGCCAAUUUUAUUCUGAGCCAUCUGGGUCAGUUUUCCAGACAAAGAUUAAGCCUAGUCUUGGACUACACAGCAUUUUCAACAGAGAAUACCUACUAAAUUGAAAACAUUGUCUAUAUCUAAGCUAAAUCCUUGUCUUAAAAACUAACUGUAUAUUUACACUUCGAUGAAAAAUCUCUAUUUACAAUGCUGUGCAUCUCAAAACUAGGAUUAAUCCCUGUCUGGGAAACUGUCUCCGUAUGUUUUAAGAGCAUUUGAACUGCACAAUUGUACACUUUUCUUUUUUUUUAACACCCACAAACUCAUCUAAUCUAAACUAGAGUCAAGUAUACUUGUUCUUAAAAGUUAAAAAGUUUCUUAAGUAUUGAUUAGCAGUUACUACAGUGGUAUGCUAAAAGUCAUGGGGCAGGAACUAGUAUUAUGUCCCGUGUCUUUUUUAACAUGUCCAUUGAAGGCAAAAAAAAAUAAAAUGCUGCACUGACCUGCAGGAUAUGCCUAAAGGACCUCCUGCGUUGAUUGUAGAUGUAAUUUCUGCCAGAUAUCUGUUUGCAUGGACAGUACUAGCCAGAUAACUGCCGGUCACAAUCAUAACGUGUACACUGUGCUGUCUACUGAGGGUGGUAAUGCCUUAUUAUGUAUUCCCAGUACACUGUGGAUCAAAUUCAGAAAUGGAAUGUACCAUCCAUCUGGGACCCACUAUCAAGUCUCGCUCAAACUCUGAUCAUUUUGGUCACCUUGUGUACCUGGGGUCCGCCGGUCAGUGUUUAGCCUCACUCCCAAGAUAGCACCUUACAGCUUCAGUGUUUAAAAUAUUAUUUGUCAGUUUGAAAUAAAUACAUCAAUACAUAGUUGUUUGAAACGCUCUUGUUGAUUUGAUUCAAUACAUCAAAUUAUGACGAGCUCGAUUUUGAAUCUACAGGGUUCCUCAGGGAGAUAUGUGUCUUAUUUCCAGGUUUGUGUCUUUGAUGCGUAUCUCCCAGCUCAUUUUUCUGGAAGUUUAAUGCAUGGCGAAAUCAAUUCAGUUGCUUAACUGAGACGAAACCUGGCUUAAGUCCUUGUCCAAUCCAUUAUAAUCCACUGUUCUACGCUGCCGUUCCGCAUCAGGGGCAGAGACUCGUUUUUUGAAAGGAGCUUGUCUGACUUGAGCAAUUUCGCUUUGGGGAAAAAAUGAAACACAAGAAGGAUAAUAAACUGCGGAAGGAUGUUCUCCUCCACGACCCCGGCGGAACCCUCAAAGUCCACACAAUGCAAAUGCAUAUAAUGCAGCUAAAAAAAGGCAAGGUGUCUGAUUUGCCUAUGUGUGGCGGUUUAAUUGCUUUCUUCCUCAUCGCACAAGCUGAGGAGGCACCUGGGACAGAGGCGUUCUCGCCAAGCCUCAAAGCCUUUUCUGAAUAUAUGAAAGGUAAUCCCGGCCCAUGUUUAUAGUGAGCUUAAAGCGAGCGAGUGGGGAGCCCUCUUUAAAGUCCAGUCCGGUGGGACAUGAAAGAUAUGGAUUCUCCUUAGCCUGCAUUUUUUAUAGAUGAGAAGAUUUGACUGCACUGCACCACUGCAAUGCUUUGUUUCGACUUCAUUCCUCAUGUUUGAAGACAAGUUUCUUUUGGUACUGAUUUCACUGAA